AUGGUGCGCGUGCUGAACUGGCUGUUGCUGGCGUAUCUGACCUGGACUCUGCGGAUAUCCAACGCGCACGGGGAAUACUGCCAUGGCUGGUUGGACAGUAAUGGGAAUUACCAUGAGGGAUUUCAGUGUCCGGAGGACUUUGACACCAUGGACGCCACGGUGUGCUGCGGCUCCUGCGCCCUGAGAUACUGCUGCGCCGCCGUGGACGCGCGGCUGGAUCAGGGCACGUGCACCAACGACAGGGAGCUCGACAACACGGAGUUUGCUCCUCAGCCAAUCUAUGUACCCUUUCUGAUGGUGGGCAGUAUCUUUGUGGCCUUCGUGGUUGUGGGCUCACUGGUGGCUGUCUACUGCUGCACCUGUCUGCGGCCCAAGCAGCCAACCCAGCAGCCCAUCCGCUUCUCCCUCCGCAGCUGCCAGGGCGAGACCAUCCCCAUGAUCCUCACCACCGCACCCCCCAGCCUGCGCACCCCCUCACGGCAGUCCAGCACCGCAACAACAAGCUCUAGUUCGGCGGGGGGCAGCAGCUCCGUGCGCCGGUUCUCGCUUGGGGGUCAAGGUCAGAGCCAGGGCCAGGGGUGCCUGGUUUCUGCCACUAUAUCUUCGUCGGCCUGCAACCCCACCCACAUCCCGCAGACUCUACCCCCGCCCCCACCUCCCCCAUACACAUCCCCAGCUGUGGCAGCAAUGCCGGGAGGCAUCCAACACCCGCACCCCCUCCCCUCCAGCCAUACACACACCCACACACAGCUGCAGCUCCACCAGCCGCCCAUGCACUCUCAUCCCUCCCAGAGCACAGGGUUCCUACUGCCCCAGCAGUACUUCUUCCCCCUGCAGCCGGAGCCCUUCACGGGGGCUAAGGGCUUUGCAGACUUUGGGCAGAGCUGACAGGCUCUCUCAGCAGGGAAAAAUAAGGAGGAUUACUAGAAUUCGGCAUGGGGUGUGAGCCAGUGUGGCAAUGCGGACACAUACAAACACAUAACGCAACACUGAACAGAGGCGCUAGGAUGGAAUGCCCUUACCAGUUAGGGGCUUAACAAUUGGAGACAGAUAAGGGAACUGGAGUAGCGUCUCACUGU